UUGAUUAGCCACCGAAAUCCGAAAUCUCAUUCCUAUUCUUCUCUGCAUUGCUUAACCUUAAUCAUGAUCGACCUAAAUGAAUUUUCUUCCUUCUUCAUCACCAUCACAGCAGCAGCUUUAGCUCUGAUAUCGGCCAUAUUUAUCCUCUUACGUCUCCCAAAAUCGCCUCAGAAGGCAAAAAAAUAUCACCCAAUCGGCAGCUCUUACCUCAACCAAAUACUCAAUUUCUACAGGCUCCAUGACUUCAUGACUGACCUUUCACGCAAAAACAAAACUUACAGAUUGGCUACUUUGUUCAGAAGUGAGAUUUUCACCACUGACCCUGCAGUUGUUGAAUACAUGCUCAAAACAAACUUCCCAAACUAUGGCAAGGGAUUGUACCAAUAUAACAUUUUGACAGAUCUACUGGGUGAUGGUAUUUUCUCUGUAGACGGAGAAAAGUGGCGACAUCAAAGGAAACUAUCAAGCUAUGAAUUCUCCACCAAGAUUCUGAGGGACUUUAGCAGUGUAGUCUUUAGAACCACUGCUGUAAAGCUUGCUCGAAUAAUAUCUGAAGCUUCGGCAUCAAACCGAUCGUUAGACAUGCAAGAUCUUUUCAUGAAAGCAACCUUAGACUCUGUGUUUAAAGUCAUAUUGGGUAUAGACUUAGAUGGUUUGUCUAGAACAUAUGAGGAAGGCGCUCGAUUCACUUAUGCUUUUGAUAAAGCAAAUGCUAUUACUUCUUUUCGAUAUGCUGAUCUCUUUUGGAAGAUUAAGCGGUUCCUGAACAUUGGAUCAGAGGCUGAAUUGAGAAAGAAUAUCAAAGUCGUUGAUGAAUUUGUAUAUAAAUUAAUUAAAAGCAAAAUUGAGCGACUCAAUAAUCCACAUGAUGAUUUACAACCUGGGAAGAAAGAAGACAUUCUGUCAAGGUUUUUGGAACUGAAAGAAACCGAUCCAAAAUACUUGAGGGACAUAGUUCUCAAUUUUGUAAUUGCUGGAAAAGACACCACUGCUACCACUGUUUCUUGGUUUUUUUACUUGCUCUGUAAGCACCCUGAUAUACAAGAAAAGAUUGCAAAAGAAAUAAUAGAAGCAACCCAAGUGAGUAGUAAUUCAAGCAUUGAGGAACUUGCAGCCAGAGUAAAUGAAGAAACCCUUGACAAGAUGCACUAUCUCCACGCAGCUUUGUCUGAGACACUCAGACUCUAUCCCGCAGUUCCGGUGGAUGCGAAGGUUUGUUUUUCCAACGGCACACUGCCUGAUGGUUACAGUGUGAAAAAAGGAGAUAUGAUUGCAUAUGUACCUUAUGCAAUGGGCAGGAUGAAAGAUUUAUGGGGUAAUGAUGCAGAGGAAUUCCGACCAGAGAGAUGGCUCAGUGAAAAGGGUCACUUCCAGCCCAAGAGCUCUUUCAUCUUCACAGCCUUCCAGGGGGGUCCGAGAAUCUGUCUAGGAAAGGAUUUUGCUUACAGGCAAAUGAAAAUUUUCUCUAUGAUCCUGCUUGGAAGCUACAAAUUCAAGCUCAAUGAUGAAAGUAAACCAGUCAAGUAUAGAACUGCUCUGACUCUUCAUAUUGAAGGUGGACUCCAUCUUCGCGUCUUCCCGAGAUCAAGCCAUGACACUAUAUUUAAUGCUUAAACUUCUUCCAACUGCAUUUGGUACUUUACUAAAUCAUGAAAGUACUGAGCCAAUAAACAGUAUGUAUAAUGUUCGAUUAUUUUGUUGUGCUUGUGUAGCAUCUCUCAAUGCGAGCUCCAUUUAUCUAGUUGAAAGACAAUUCUUGGAGAAGCUUGUCCAUUUUGUAAUUUGCUUAUUGUAAUUAAGUUGUAAGUCUCAAGACAAUAAUUGGCAUUUGCCAACGUAAAUA